ACAAACUAACAAUCUUUGGCAAUGGUAACCCAAUAAAACACUUGUUGUCAUCGUCAAAAUCUUCGUGGCGUAACCAAUAGCGUUCCCCGUUUAGAAGAAGAGAUCUUUGAUCAAAAGUUUCGUUCUUUUGGUGGUGGGUCAUCAUAAUCGACGGUGGUCAUGAUGGGGAGGGACCAUCCCCACCACCAUCAGCAGCAACCGGGGAUUCAAAUCAAGGUGGUGAACCCUCGGCGAGGGGAUAAUGUGGUGCAGCCGCUGGGCCAAGUAGCUCCGUCUUCAGUAUCGCCAUCACGGCCGCCGCAGCGGCAGGGGGAAGCCGGUGAAUCCGGGCCGUUCAAGCGCUGGGUGCCAUGGCUGGUGCCGCUGUUUGUGAUUACCAACAUUGUCGUCUUCUUGAUCACAAUGUAUGUGAAUAAUUGCCCAAAGAACUCUGGCUCCUGCGUGGCGAACUUCUUGGGCAGAUUCUCAUUUCAACCGAUGAAAGAGAACCCUCUUCUCGGUCCUUCUUCUUCUACAUUAGAGAAGAUGGGUGCUCUAGAAGUGUCGAAGGUGGUGCAUAGUAAGGAGCCAUGGCGCUUGAUUACUUGUAUAUGGUUACAUGCUGGGGUCUUCCAUGUACUUGCCAAUAUGUUGAGUCUUGUCUUCAUUGGCAUUCGACUUGAGCAGGAAUUUGGAUUUGUCCGCAUUGGGUUGCUGUAUAUCAUCUCUGGUUUUGGUGGAAGUUUGAUGUCAGCUCUUUUCAUUCAAGCCGGUAUCUCUGUUGGUGCUUCUGGUGCACUAUUCGGUUUGCUUGGGAGCAUGCUUUCAGAACUUAUCACAAACUGGUCAAUUUAUGUAAACAAGUUAGCAGCAUUGCUGACACUUGUUUUCAUCAUUGCAAUAAAUUUAGCCGUGGGAAUCCUCCCUCAUGUGGACAACUUUGCUCAUAUUGGAGGAUUUAUUUCUGGUUUUCUUCUUGGAUUCGUGUUCUUAAUUCGUCCUCAGUUCGGUUAUGUUAGGCAGAAAAAUUCUCCUCCUGGGUAUAUUGCAACAUCAACUAAACCUAAAUACAAGACGUAUCAAUACAUACUUUUUAUUGUUUCCCUCAUACUAUUGAUUGUAGUAUACGUCGCUGGCCUGGUUUUACUUAGCAAGGAAGUCAAUUUGAAUGAUCAUUGUUCAUGGUGUCACUAUUUGAGUUGCGUCCCAACCUCUCUUUGGAGCUGCAAGUCACAGCAAGUUUACUGCGAGUCGACCCAAUUUGGAAAUCAACUGAACUUGACAUGCAUAAGCAAUGGAAAAACCGGCCUCUACACAUUGACAAACAAUAGUUCGUUCCAUGUUCAGGAGCUAUGUUCCGAGCUUUGCAGUUGAAACAAUGAUGAACAUAUUAAUAUCACAGGAUGUAAAGAACGGGUUGAUUUUAUCAUUCAUCUGUUAAGCCAACAAGAACGAUUAUCGACAUAACUGCAAAGAAGAAGGUUGAUACAACGACAUCAUCGUCGUCAUUAUCAUCACUGUUUUCGUGGGUCAUUAUCUUUUCUGAGUCUUUCGUUUCUGUCUAUACUCCUGAGUUCAAUUGAGGAAUAUAUCUAUAUAUACAGCUGUGGAGGUGUAUUUUAUAGGUGGGAAUAGGUUGUCCAUUUAGAAAAAAUUGAAUCGUCUCAAACUCUUUUAGCCUCUUUAUAUAGUUGAUAAUUUGUGAAAA